AUGCAAAUACGAGUAUAUUGGAUUCUGGUGCUUUUCUUCCUGCAAGUAGAAGCAGACAUUACUCUAUCGCCGGAAAAUAGCGUCGAGAAUAGUGCUCACUGUGAGAUGACUCGCGAUGAGGACGAUGAGCGGUGUGGUGCCAUAUGCUAUCCGAUUGUGAAGCCGCUACUCCGGUACGCAGCCUUAUGCCAGGGGAAGGAUGCAACGAUUAACGACCUCAAGGAUAAUAUUAGAGAGAAAGAUGUGUACAUCGCGCAAUUGAAAAGCAAGAUUGAGCUUACCAAUUCAAUGGAAAUUCAGCUGAAGGACAAGGAGACUAUAUUGCAUCUGAAGGCAAACGAAAUUGUGAAAAUGGAGAAAGAUAUUGGAGAUCGGGAGGCAGAAAUCCAUGAAAAGAAAGACCAGAUCUCAAAAAUGGAAUUGCAGAUUCAAUCUAGAGAGACUCUAAUGCAAUCAAAGGAUAAAUUAAUCAGAGAACUGGAGAAUCAAGUGAAUUCCCUUAAAAGAACACAGGGAAAGCUGGUAGACAUCUCGGAGGCAAGCAGUUGUCUUCCAUUCACCGAUGCCACUGAUAUCCUUACCAUAGAGUUGCCCGGAACAGGCCCAUUCCUUGUGCCCUGUAAUUCCAGUGUUUCCGGAUCUGGCUGGACUGUCAUCCAGAGACGAGUAAACGGCAAUGAGAACUUCAAUCGCACUUGGAACGAUUACAAACUAGGGUUCGGAGACCUGCGGGAGAACUUCUUCCUGGGACUGGAAAAAAUCCAUCUAAUGACCCUGUCCCAAUCUCACGAAUUGUACGUUCAACUUGGAAAUGUUAAUGGAGGAACCAGAUAUGCUCGCUACGACGAUUUUAAAAUAGGAAGCGAAGAAGAAGGCUAUAAACUGAAAUCAUUGGGAAAAUAUUCAGGAACAGCCGGAGAUUCACUAACUGAAGAUAAUCUAAACAUGAAGUUUUCUACAUGGGACCAUAAUAAUGGCACGAUUUGCCCAAAGUAUUAUGGAAGUGGUUGGUGGUUUGGUCAUUGCGGAAAAAGCAAUCUCAAUGGAAAAUAUUAUGAAAAUGGUCAAAGGGAAUCCGUUGGCGGUAUUCGAUGGGACUCUUGGCAAUAUGAUAUCUACAGGAUCUCGCUAACAUUUUCUCAAUUGAUGAUAAGGCCAAAAACAUAGAAACUUGACUCGAAUUCAAGCUCUGUUUAAAACCAUACUAAAAGUAUCUGAAACACCAAUAAAGUUCUAAA